AUGGCUUACGUGAGGCCGGAAGCUAGUGGACAGGCUUCCAAGCAUGAACAGAGGCCUCAAAUGCCAAUGACUCAGAACCCAUCUUCAUCUGGUGCAGUGCAUCAUGAGAAAAUGAGGUCAUCUCAUGGUCCUUCAAAGGACGAAACACAUGAGAGGCGAUCAACGGCGGUUACACAGACCCCUCCAGUUUCAUCUGCCCUGGCAAAAAAGAAACCUUCAGUUGGUCAGAAGCAGCCAUUUGAGGCUCUUGGCAAUUCAACACAACAAUCAAGUAAAAAGCAGAAGGUGUUUGGUAACUUUGUGGAUCAGAACAUUCAGCAACUCAAAUAUGUAACUGCUGUCAAAUUAAACCUUAUGGAAGAGGAGGAACAGUUAUUUUCCACCCCUAAGGAGGAAAGCACAGCUUCAGAAGCUACAAUAAGAGUAGUACAAGAGCAAGAGCAAAGAAUGAUUUUGCAAAAGGGUCCACUUCAAAAGAAAAUAACGGAAAUCAUGCCCAUGUGUAAAUUGAAGAGCACAGGCAGUAAUGUGGAAUGGUUCUUGUCAAUAGUAUGCUGCUCGGUAUUAAUGAUUUUGAUGAAGGUAGAUAUUGAGAAGCCGAGGCAGAGAACUUUCAUAACUUCCGACAUUCGGUGUCAAAUUCUAGCUAUGAAUCAGAAGGCUAAGGAAGACUGGGACAAGAAGACUGCUGAAGAAGCUGAAAAACUAUGGAAACUUAAUGAAACAGAGGGAAGUGUUGGUGUGGAUGGACAGAAGGAUGAAACUCAUGCAAAGGCAUCAAAGGUAGAGGCUGAUAAGAUGGGGAUUAAUGCUACAAAUGUUGCGGCUCGAGCAGCUGUUGGGGGAGAUGACAUGUUAUCAAAGUGGCCACUCAUGUCUCAGAAUCGUGAAGUGGUUAGGAGGCUGUUUGGGGGGGCACCAGCUCCAGUUCCUCUUCCAAAGAUCGUGCUCAGAAUUUCGGUGAAGGAUGUGAUUGCAUUGUUAGAGAGAGAGCCUCAAAUGUCAAAAUCCGCCUUGCUAUACGGUGCCUAUACGAGAGGAUGAACAUGGAUAGCAGUAACACACCAGAGAAAACAACAGGCAUAUUCACACCUCCUCUCAACAUACGUGAUGAGGCCAAAUCUAGUGUGGAAGCCCUUGCCAAAGAAGGGGUGAGAGCAGCCAACCACACCAUAACCAUUUUGGUACCUUUUUGAGUCGGGGUUUGCUAUUUUUUGAAAUUUUAUGCUUUUAUGAGCAGCUUUGUACAUUGUACAGCAUGCCCUCAUUUCCAGCAAUUUUGUAUAGGUUCGCUUGCUUGUGAAUUCCCGGGCUAUGGGUUGCCACAAUUUUCUGUACUUGCCUACUAUAGUAAUACACUGUCACCAUUUUUGGAGAAAAAACAAGUCUGAU